GUUUGGGAUGGUGGGCCGGGGGUAUCUGCUCCUCGGUAUCUCAGCUAGCAUUAUACUGUCGCCUGUCCCGCAUCCAAGUAUGGAUUGUUUACACGAAGAAUGAAAAAUAGCGACCAUCAGCUGCUUCUGUUGGUAAAUAGGAGUCAUUCAUAACUGCUGCUGUCAUCGCUGCAGUGAGGAGCAGACGUCCCCUUGAAGAGACUGAGUAGCCAUGGCUGAACAAGACAUUUGUCCUCACCUGGACUCCAUAGGAGAGGUAACCAAAGAAGACCUCCUCCAGAAAUCCAAGGGUACAUGCCAGUCUUGUGGAGCAGGAGGCCCAAACUUGUGGGCCUGUCUGCAGAGUGACUGCUCAUAUGUUGGUUGUGGAGAGUCCUUCUCUGAUCACAGCACCCUGCACGCACAGGCUAAGAAGCACAACCUGACUGUGAACCUGACGACGUUCAGGAUCUGGUGUUAUGUGUGUGAGCGGGAGGUGUUUCUGGAGCACAGGCCUGCGCUGGUGCCUGCACCUGCUGCUCCCCACCACUGUAAAGCCACAGAGCAGGAAGCAGCUCCUCAGCCAGUAGGCCACCCACUAAAAGCAGUGCCCAUCGCUGUGGCAGAAGAAGAAGGUUCAGAAUCAGAGGAGGAUGAGCUUAAACCCAGAGGCUUGACAGGAAUGAAAAAUAUUGGUAACUCGUGCUACAUGAAUGCAGCUCUUCAAGCCUUGUCCAACUGUCCUCCUCUCACUCAGUUCUUCCUGGACUGCAGUGGAUUGGUCCGGACUGAUAAGAAGCCUGCACUCUGUAAGAGCUACCAGAAACUCAUCUCAGAACUCUGGCAUAAAAAACGGCCCAGCUAUGUCGUGCCUACCAGCCUGUCUCAUGGCAUCAAACUAGUAAACCCCAUGUUUCGUGGUUACGCUCAGCAGGUAGGGGCAAGCACCCAGCAGGACACUCAGGAGUUCCUGCGCUGUCUGAUGGACCAGCUACACGAAGAGCUAAAGGAGCCUCUGACUGAAUGUAGCAUGAGUGGCGAGGGAAGCGACGGCGAAGAAAUAAGAGACGGAGACCGAUCCCCGUCAGAGGAUGAAUUCCUAUCGUGCGACUCCGGCUCCAGCAGCGACCGGGGGGAGGGGGGAGGAGCGGCUGACGGCGAGCUGCUCCUGCAGGAUGAGUGUGAAGGGGUCAGGGCACCGGCGGGAGGGAUCGUGGGGGUCAGCACCACCAGUGUGAUCUCUGAGAAGGAGAGGCUGAAGGAAAGGAGGGUGUCAGGGUCUCCUCUACGUGGAGGCUCGCAGGAGAUGGACGAGGACGCUGAUGUGGAUACAGCGGCUGAGGAGGGGGCUCCUGAGAGGGGAGAGGAAGAGGAGGUAACGCCAGCCACAAACACUGAGGUCCAAAGUCAAGAGAACAACCAGUUAUCUGAUGCUGGGCAAGGGCAAACCCAGAGCAGCAGCACCUCAGAACCAGACAAUGAAGCGUCAAUGACCCAGCCCCAGUCCACUCCCUGCAGUCCAGUACGAACCCUUCAGGAGCUGCAUCCAAAACUGUCCUCCAGUCCACCGCGCUCCAGCCCCCUCCGCUCUGCAGGACCUGCGUAUUCCUUCAAAAAAGCUCAGUUGCUGCUCAGUGCAAGGAGGAAGAAACAGUCUCACUAUCGCAGUGUGAUCUCGGACAUCUUCGACGGCUCCAUCCUUAGCCUGGUGCAGUGUUUGACCUGUGACAGGGUCUCUACUACAGUGGAAACCUUCCAAGACUUGUCCCUCCCCAUUCCUGGUAAAGAGGACUUGGCCAAGCUCCACUCAUCCAUACAUCAGAACCUUCCAGUGAAGACGGGCGUGUGUCCCGAUACUUACAGCUCGCAGGGCUGGAUCUCCUACAUCAUGGACUCCAUUCGCCGGUUCGUCGUCUCGUGUAUCCCCACUUGGUUUUGGGGGCCCAUGGUGACCUUAGAGGACUGCCUCGCUGCCUUCUUUGCUGCAGAUGAACUCAAAGGGGACAACAUGUACAGCUGUGAGAGAUGUAAAAAGUUGAGAAAUGGUGUCAAAUAUUGCAAAGUACUUAGACUUCCAGAGAUUCUGUGCAUUCACCUGAAACGCUUCCGGCACGAGGUCAUGUAUUCGUUCAAGAUUAGCAGCCACGUAUCCUUCCCGUUGGAGGGCCUUGACAUGCGGCCUUUCCUGGCCAAAGAGAGUCCAUCCCAAGUCACCACGUACGAUCUGCUGUCAGUCAUUUGUCACCAUGGCACUGCAGGAAGUGGACAUUACAUAGCGUACUGUCAGAAUGUGAUCAAUGGCCAGUGGUACGAGUUUGAUGACCAGUAUGUCACAGAGGUUCAUGAAACGGUGGUGCAGAAUGCAGAGGCCUAUGUGUUGUUUUAUAGGAAAAGCAGCGAGGAGUCGGUGAGAGAGAGGCAGAAGGUGGUGGCUCUGGCCAACAUGAAGGAGCCCAGCCUGUUGCAGUUCUACAUCUCCAGAGAAUGGCUGAACAAGUUCAACACCUUUGCAGAACCGGGCCCCAUCAGCAACCACACGUUUCUAUGUCAGCACGGAGGGAUCCCUCCUAAUAAAUACAACUACAUAGACGACCUGGUUGUGAUUGUUCCUCAGAAUGUGUGGGAGUACCUUUAUAACAGUUUUGGAGGCGGCCCAGCAGUGAACCACCUGUAUAUGUGUGCCAUCUGCCAGGUGGAGAUUGAAGCUCUGGCUAAACGCAGGAAAACAGAAAUAGACACCUUCAUCAAGCUGAACAAAGAGUUUCAGGCUGAAGAGGCUCCGACAGUGAUCCUGUGCAUCAGCAUGCAGUGGUUCAGAGAGUGGGAGAGCUUUGUGAAGGGCAAAGACAAUGAGACACCUGGUCCCAUCGACAACAGUAAAAUUGGUGUUAUGAAAGGAGGACAUAUACAGCUCAAGCAAGGUGCAGACUAUGGUCAGAUCUCAGAGGAGACGUGGCAGUACUUGUUGGGUAUUUAUGGCGGAGGCCCUGAGAUCGCAGUGAGGCAGACCGUGGUUCCAGCUGACCCCGACAGCCUUCAUGGAGAGAGAAAGAUCGAGGCUGAAACCAGAGCACUUUGAGAUAAAGAGAGGUCUUCUGAUUCCCCUUUCCACUCCUGCCCUCGCAGGACGCUGAGGAAUUUGCACCUUGGUGAAGAAGCCUCGUCGUGAGCACUUUGUAAAUGUAGCAAAGAAUUAUUCUGAAGCCGUGUCGCGAGAGGGUGAAACGGUACUUAAAUAUCACGUAGUUUAUUUAUUGGAUAACUCUGAUCCUCAAUGUUAAGGUGUAAAAAAAAAAAAGAUGUCGUGUCACAUCUCUGGAGCUGUUUUUGGUAGCUAUGGUGUUUCAGUGGCUGCUGUAGUGACUAGGUGUCAGAUACUGCUGAACAGCUUCUGGUGCCGUGAACCAGUCUGCUGCUGCGGAGGACAACACAACUACAGUGUGAUAUUUGCUUUGAGGACUGAAGCAACAACCAAGAGACGUUAACAAGCUUUCCGUUGUUUGCCUGUUUACUAGUUACAUAGCAACAAGUUCAGACAUCAAGUAAGAGAUAUUACAUAAAUUAUACUCUUGCACCACGGACCUUAAAAACACAGUAUAACUGAGCCCUCAGGAAUGGAAGUCUUUUAUUUGGUUAAGCCAGAGAAAUGAAAUUAACCAACUGUGAGAAAACACCACAGCAGGUUUGUGUCGAACCACAAAACAUGCAUGUGAUCUCAAAGACGUUUAUCAGGGUGAAUUUUAGAAAAGCUUCAAAAUGCAUGAAACUACUGCUCCUUUAUUUUGGACCUGCAAGGACGUUUCUUAGACAGGAUGAGGUGUCGAGUUUGUUAGCUCAAACGCACAAUAACAUCUUUUCAUUGCUCAAAAUUAUGGAAAUAUUGAGUCGCUAAGUGUGCAGCACUAUCAAUUAAUAGACAUACAGGCAAAUAGCUAUAUGGUUGUCAUUUUAAAUGAAGUAGAGAAGCAAAUUCCUGAAAAGAUAAACUAAUUUAAGUCAUACACAGCAAGAUGAGAAGUGUAAAGAGGAGUAAAUAUCUGGUGCAAUAGCGGGAAAAUUGCCAAAGGGGUAAAUACUGUGCAACAAAAUAUUGUGACUGGGUUUCCUGAUAACAGCCAACAUAGUAAAUUUGAUAUUAUUCUGAAAAAUAUCAGUGUGAAUGAACUCAUUUAGGUUCUUUAGAAGAGUUGAAUCCAAAAAAUAUCAAUGCAGCACCAGUUUAUAAAAGAUCGCAUGGUGAAAGUCUCGCCAUCUCUAAGAUGAAAAUAAUCUUACAACAUCACAAAUAAUUAGCACAACAUACACAAAUCAAGACAACAGUAAGGUAACAUUUGACUGAUUACGCAUUUCUUAUUUUAUUGCAUGAUUCAUUUUCAGCAAAAUUAAUCCGUACCCGGUUGCAGGGACGUCACGCUAUGCUCUCACUAACUGAGCUUGUUUACUCAAAUUCUAAUCCUAAAUCUAAAAUUCUAAACUCUGUCCACACAGGAAGUUAUAAAUCAACAUGACAUCCUAAUAUUUUGCAUUGAGAUAAAAAUUAGAUUAAGAUCUCUCACUUCUCUCGUCUUGUUUUUUUUUUCAUAUCUGUAGACCACAGAUCAGACUGGUAAAAAAAUUAUUGUGCAAUUCAACAACUACCGAUAUUAACCUCUGGCUUCCUCUUGAAGCAGCCAACAUGCAGAGUUGCUCAGAGUUUUUUCUGUUUUAUAUUUAAUUUGAAAUAUCAACAGUAACAUUGCAUAUUAUUGUGUGGUUUUUCCUAAAUUCUGCACACAAAAAAGGUACCAGGGUAAAAUGUAUGAGUCAGUCCAAGCUUAGCUAAAAGAAAUCACGUCCUCCUUUAUUUCAUUGUAUAUAAAUCACAUGCUUGCCUUUUUUUACUGUACAGAUCUGCAUAGGGGAAAUCUGCCAACACAUUUUAAGCAGUUAAAGCCUAAAGGACUGUUGGAGAGAGAGAAACACAUGGAUAACUACAAUGUUGAGUGUUACUGUGCUUUUCUGUUUUAUUAUUAAAUAUUACCAAUUUUGACAGCCCAAACUAGGAUAAACGACGUCAUUAUUUUUCUGUUGAAUUUAAAUAUAACUACAGUUAUGUCUAAAUAGCAAAAUUAAGAUUUAAGAUAUAGUUGUUCUUACCGCCUGCCGGUUGUGAGCUGCAGCUUCAUAUUUAGUGUACAAGACAUGAGAGUGCUGUUGAUUUUCGCAUCUAAAUCCUCGUUGUUAUUAUCCUGCAUUGUUGCUUUUACUUAGAUUCAAUUUUAAUUUUAGUUUUUUCAGUUGGCUAAAAUGAGCAAAGCUUUGACUACAAGCCAGACAGACUUGUGAACCAUACUUAAUCUUAAGGAGCCCAACAUUUUAACAAGCGCAGCAGAUUUUCGAAAGUGUGAAUAUGAGAAAAGCAGCUUUAACAUUCCCCGAGCAAUUAACAAGGCACGCAGACAGAAACCAAAAGUACCCAAUAGACCUUUUCCCACCACAGAUAUUUUGAUUUGUCAUAGCAGGCAAAGCAAAGGUGUAACUAUUAACAAUCAUGAAAUAUUGAAUCAAAGUGUGAAAGUAAGCCAUGACAGACAGGUCGCUGAUACAUUAGCAGGGCCCCAAACUGGAGCACCUGAAUGGAAGACAGCCUGGGAUUUUCCAAGAUGUCAGAGUUUACAGAACGAUCGAUUCCAGGUGAAAUCGUUUUGGAUUUACAUUACAAAUCGACCUUUGUUGCUUUUAUUGUGUCAACAGUUUUUGAUUUCUUUUUGUUUUAUUUUUCAAGUUGGGCCUCUAAGGGGAAGCAGAAACAAGUGGAUAUGUUGAACUUGUAAGCGAACUGUUGCUUAACUACACAGCAGUUUCAGAAGAACUUCACAUUUCAUUUAGGGCCAUGCCUCUGUCCUUAUCACUCCUUUUUAGCUCCGUGUUUGGUCUCCACCAACUAAUGAGGGAAAUAUCUGACUCUUUAGUACUCUUUUGUGGGACGGUAAGCUAAACAAUGUGAUGAAACUUGCUGUAAAGCUCCUUAAAGCCAAGGGGAGCUCAAAAAUCUAUAUGUUUCUUAAUUAAAAAAACUGUUUGUAGGACGUCAUAUUGUUUCGUCAUCAACAUCUAAACCAAUCAGCUGUCAGAUCAGGUGAGAGACAAGCAUUUCCCAUCAUGCCUUGGGUCUUGCCUCUCGAUUUUGUUUGAAUAUCGUUGCCCACAUGGGAAUCACGUCAGACACAAAUCUAACGGGCAUGCAUUGUACGUUGAUUCUGUGCAGGCAGUGCUCAAUUCGAACAAGCCUAUUUUUAUCUAGAAUCCCUGCAACAACUCAGAGUUGCCAUACACCCCCGAAUAAAUACAAAACUGAAGGCAGACAUCAAUAAUGUUAGUCAUUCUACUUGAUAUUUCCCCGUUAUGACACGUCAAACAUCAGUUACGUGUAUUACCUUUAUUCCAGACAAUGGCUUAUAUAAUAAUCAAUGUCUCCCUGUUUUGUUUGUUGAUGUGUCCAAAGAGCAAUUCACCAAUUUAACCAAGAAGAGAGGACACCAUUUCGUCCAUUUGUCUUCUGUAAACUGUUUGUAGUAUUUUUCUUUUUACACAGUCUGUACCUACCAGAGACAACAUUAAUACUAUAGGGAUGUUUAGAUGUUUUCGGGGAGCAAGUGCAAUGAAAAAAAGACAAAUCUUUGUGCAAUUUUAUCAUCAAAGAGACACUGGACAGCUGUCAAACAUUGAGCAGUUUGAAGAGCUGACAGUAAAGACUGAUGCAGCGUGGCUUAUUAUUACGUUGCAGUGUUAAAAAAAACGUUGAGUGAUAAUUACUUAAUUAUCCCCACCUGUGAGUUUGUUUGUUUGUGUUACAGCACGUAGCUAUGCGUGUGAGAUUUCCAUUUCACAUUUCACUGGAAAAUACAAGCAUUGCUGUGGUUGGGCAGAGUUCAUCAGUAAUAUCAUGGCACCCUGGGGACAGCACAACAGGUUUUCACUGACUCAUGUUUUCCCUACAUUAUACAGUGUGUGGCUGUUGUGGUCAUGAUAACGGUGAUGCUUUGAUAACAUGGAAUUAAGUGGUUGACCUCAAUUCAAUGGGAUGUCUUAAUGUCUGUAUAACUGAUGUAAUUACUCAUGACUGGUUAAAUUAUUAAAAUUGCCUGGUCUUUGA